CUUAACCCGAGUAAACAGUUUGUGAUUGCUGAUUUCGAUUAUUUCGAUUAUUUCGAUUAUCUCAAAUCUCAAAUCUUGUUCAAAUCUUUGUUCCCUUCUCUUGGCCUGUCUUCUUCCCUUUCUUAUCCUGCCUCUUAAUCCCUUUCUUUUUUUUUCAAACAUGCUCCCUCCCGUUCCCAUUGCAAAGUCCCACUCUCUUUCCACCACAUCCCAGUCUCUUGCUUAUCCACCACCCCCUACCGACAUCCGUUUCCCGUCCAUGGCUGCACCGCCAAUGGACCCUUCUGCAGUCGACUUUCGCGCUUUCUAUCCAUAUACUCCCAACGAGGUCAAGCAUCGUAAACGCACAACUAGCGACCAGCUCAAGAUUCUCGAGGGUAUCUUCAAGCGCGACACUAAGCCCAAUGCUGCCCUACGCAAUGAACUGGCGGCCAGGUUGGAUAUGACCCCAAGAGGCGUCCAAGUUUGGUUCCAAAAUCGUCGCGCAAAAGAGAAGACGAAAGCUGGCAAGGCUGCCAACAGAGCAGCAGCAGCAGUAUCAGGCGACAACCAGAACAACGACCUAACCUCUUCGCCCUCUGAUCCAGAUGGCAUUUCUGAUUCUCAGCUCCCAUCCUAUCUUCGCGACAUAGCAGGGCUAGGUGGCUCCCAUGAGUCCAGCCCGGUCGCGCCGUCUCCACCAAGGCUGCAUGUCUUCACCGAAGCUGACUCUUCAACAAGUUCGUCAUGGCAGAGCUCGCCAAUCGUCACUCCAGAGGACCCUGCUUUCCUCGGCCAGCUUGGCGACCCGAAUGAUGCCCAUCGUUUCCGGCGGGGCUCACUUCCCGUUGACAUGGUACCUCAUUCAGAUCACUCAUCCCAGGGACCUCCCCUUGUAGGUCAUCUCGAUCCCUUUGCUCGUCGCCUAUCUGUCGAUGCCAGUCUGCAUCGUCUCGCUUCUAACCCAUACGCCCAUUUGGCCAGAACAAAAAACACAACUGGCCACGGGUCUCGUCUCGCUUCACAUUCUAACAGUCGUCAUCCAUUGAACCGUGUCUCUGGCAUUCCUUACCCUCGACCUGAACUCCCACACAUAGCCUCCGCCCCGUCGAAUGGUAGUUUCCAUGGCCGUCAUGUAUCUGCUGAUUCCCGAGGUUUCCAUUAUACAUCACAGGGCAUCCCUGUCCCGUCAUUCCAUGCCGCCCGUGCUUCUCUACCUGAUAGUCAUUUGUACGCGUUCUCGUCACGCAUGUCUGCUUCCACCAUACCCGGUCCCCUUCCGUCUCCAGACUUUUCCUUCGGUGUCGCUAGUACAUCUUCACCGUCUCUGACACCUCCAUCGUCAGCUGAUAGCGAGCGAAGUUCUCCAGACCCCAAUCGGAGCUUCACCUUUCAAAGCGAAGACUCUGAGGAUGACCGCACGUCAUCCUACGAGGCCCUGUCCCGGUUUGGUUCUAUCGCCUCAGUUGCCACGAGCGAUACGAGCAAUGCCAGCGUAUAUUAUUCUGACUGCAUGGAACAGGACAUUCCCCCAAAUGCUAGUCGGAGGGAAUCGGGGUCUUCCAACCACUUCCUUGGUAUGAUGUCCAAUUUGGAUGUCAGUGGGCUUCAGGGUAACUCUGAAGUCCAGGGGAGCCCUAUGGAUAAGUUCUCACCGCCAGGUGACGGGUCUGGCGCCGCUGCCACUCAAGAUCGUUCGGAUGGUGAUGAUGUGGCAACAAGCACAUACCCAUCACCAUCCUCGACAGUCUCGCCCGGAAGCACUCCGUCUCUAGUCAACGAGGGCACAUCUUCAAAUCUGCCACUCUCUCGUUCAAGUGAGCUGGCGUAUGCGUUGCACAAUCAUCGACGUGCCACAGAUGGCUCGAUCGCUGAUGACACAUCCCAAUCUGCGUCAAAUGUUGGUGGGCACCAGUUCGUGUAUGGCGUCUCGGAUCCCGCAUUUCAACCAUCAACGUCUUCGAGCCAGGUUACCGACAGUUUCCGGUUUGAUACCUCAGAACAUUCACUGUCGGCAGAUUGUAACUACACUAUGAACUAUCCGGACGUGUAUGCCGUCGACGCCGGAUUCCCUUCUCACAACACACACGUCGAGGGUGGUGAAAUGAACAACAAUGCGAUAGCGUUUAAUCAUUCUCAAGAAAUGUACGGGUCAUAUGGCCCUGCCACCAACUCGACGCCCCUCGAAAAUCCACCUCGUCAUACCGCUGAAUUCCCUGUCACAUAUUCAUCAUGAUCCAAUUACCCUUUCCUAUCUUACAAUCCUUCGUAUUUGCUGUCCGCGAUGACUUGCCUCUUGGAUCUGUUCUAUCAUACAAACGCUCACUCGUCUAUUGUUCCGUCCUUUCGCUGGCACUUUUGUGGUUUUGGGUAUUUUAACGAUAUGUAGUUG